AUGAGUUUCACAUCACCCCGUUAUGUAAAAGUGACGUCUACGGAUCCUGUGCCGAAUUAUCUUAUUCAUCCAGAUCGCUUAGCUAAUGAACUGAUUCAAUGUAACUAUGAACAAAUCUAUUCACAGACUUCUCAAUCUUUUAAAGAUGAAGUACCUUGGAAUAAGUUUCUAAACGUCGUACAAUCAUUUAACGAUAGUGUACAGCAAUAUCAUGCUGUAGCCGAGCUAAAGCACAACGACACCUUACGCAAAGUAUGGCGAGAUGAACUGAAUACGCGUGGUGUUAUGGCUGUCUUUGCCGAAAAACACAUGAAGUAUCCAGACUAUACUAUUCUUGCCAUGCAGGUCAGACGAUUACAAUUAUAUCCAGCUACAGAUCAAAUUCGUACACAGACGAUCUUCAGUCCACCUAUCGAACAAGAUUGGCAAGUCAUCUGGGGUGGAACAAAUGCUUUAAUUAAUCACCAUUAUGAUUAUGAUAAUCAGCGUUAUGCCUACGAUUUGAUUAUUACACACAAUGGAUCUUCCUUCGAAGGAGAUCCUCAACAAAAUGAGAGCUACUAUGCCUAUUGCAAGCCGGUGGUUGCUCCUGCUAAUGGUAUAGUUGUUAAGGUAGUCAGUGAUAUUAAAGAUAACAAAGUCGUUGGCAAAAUGAAUGAAAAACAUCCUGCAGGCAAUUAUGUAGUCAUCAGACAUGCCGAUAAAGAAUACAGUAUGCUCGGACAUUUUCGUAAGUCAUCGAUUACCGUCAAAGUAGAUGAUCAAGUACAGCGAGGACAAAAGCUUGGAGCAUGUGGUAACUCCGGUAACUCUAGUGAGCCUCAUAUUCAUUUUCAAGUUAUGGAUGAAGCAGACUGGUCGCGCUCUACUUCCCUGCCUGUACGUUUUGCCAGUGACAUAUCACCUGUACAGGGCGAAGUCAUGCCUGGUUCAUUAUUAUAG